AUGUUGAAUCGAAGGCUCGACACCUCGGCUACUCCGGACCGGGGGUUGCCUUCUCGGGCCGUGGCCUUACCGGAUGCGAGCCGUUUAGUUCAGAAGAAGUUGGCUUACCUGGAAGGCCUUGCCACCGCCGCCCUGGCUGCUGCUCCGGCUUGCGUCACUGCCUCAGGCAAUGAGCCACGGGUCGUCUUGGCUGCAAGUUUCAUGGGCUGGUCCAGAUCGGAGUCUGCCUUGGUAGAGCUCACCAGGGCACGGCCACAGCAGCCAUGGGAAAGACUUGGUCGGUACGACUUGGAGAAGCUUGAGGGGCUUUAUCUCGACGGCAUCACGAAGUAUUACUCAGAGUUUUACGACAGACCCUCGAGCACCGGUGCCGUCAAGAAAUUGAAUGACUGCGAGUACUAUCGAAUCAAGGUGCGCUUGGAAAAAGCAGGCUCCAAGGUUCUGCGGUAUUGCCGUGCCGAUAUUCAAAAGCUCGUUUGCCAGGCACAGGAGACACAAGAAUCUGUCGUGCCGGUGAAUGACGUGGAGGAGAAGCCGCCAGCCACAAGAGUGGCAGCGGAGGAGCAGGAAGCCUCACCAGAACUUCUUCAGAAAGACGCCUUGUGGACGGCAACAGUGGAAUCGAAGGCAGAGUCUGAGCCGAUGGCACCUUCACCGGUCGUCGAGGUCCAGGCAGUGGUCGAGGAUGUCGAGACAAAUCCGGCCACGAAGGAGCCGCCUGAGACGCAGAAGGAGGCCGAGGAGGCAGAGCCGCCCAACAGCGAGCAGCCCAAGGUCGAGCAGCCCGAGGAAGAGCCCAACGAUGAGGAAUUCAAGGAUGAAUCGAAGAUGGAGUCCAAAGAGCAGUCCGAGGCAGAGGCGAAAAAGGUGCCUGGCAUCAUAUAUGGUGGGCUUUUCUUGUCUGGUUCACGUCAACGCAGCCUUUGA